UUUAUAACCUCAAACUAAACCAUGUUUUAUUUAUUUAUUUUUAUUAACUUGUUAAGUGCGUAUUGUUUAAUUCAGACCCCCGUUUAGACUUGAAAACGACAACUCACAGUUGCAUAACAUGUGGAGUACCACAGUGAUUAGAUAAACAUAGUUUAUCAAACGCGUUAACGACUAUUAACUAUGUUAAUCUACACUUAAAUGUAAUGACACGAACUAUCGCUCAAACCCGCGGCCUUCACAUUCCCAAAUUCAAAACACAGUAUUAAAAAUGGUUAAACAAAAUAGAGACUUAAAUCUGGUCUACGUCAUUUCUUUUAUGGACUUGUUCGCCGUGGGGCUCACGGUGCCGUUGUUCAGCAACCACCUGCGAGAACUCGGCGCUUCGCAUUUCACAAUAGGACUGCUCAAUUCGUUAUAUUCUGGACUCCAGGUUGUCUCAGGGCCUGUUGUGGGGAGCUGGAGCGAUGUACGGGACCGAAAAACCGUCCUAAUUGUCACACUAUUUUUUUGCAGUGUGGGGUACAUGCUACUAGGAUUAACAAAUUCUCUUGUGUGUGUAGCAGUAAUACGUUUCAUACUAGGUGUCACCAAGCACACCCAAAGUAUUUGCAAAGCAAUCAUCACCGAUUUGCUCCCAGUAAGCCAAAGAGCUAGCGCUUUUGGCAAGUCCACUGCCUUUAGUUCGUUGGGGUUCAUUAUAGGACCCACUCUGGGGGGACACUUGUCUGAAAUGACCAACGGUUUUACGUACGUGUGUGCGUUAACUUGUCUCCUCUUCAUAAUCAAUAUAGUUUUGACUUCUGUGAUAACCAACACGAAAAAAGCACGGACUCAAACCCCCCAAAACGACUCCAUUGUGUCUCGCUUCCGUACCGAGUUCACCAAAUCCGUCACAGAUAUGACUGACAUCAACUGGACCUCCCUGUGGGAAGUCUUCUUUCUAAGAUUUAUUUUCGGGUUCGCCGUGACUAUGUAUUUUUCGCAACAAGCCACAUAUUUACGAGAACAGUUCAACUUGUCUCAGCGCCAUGUGGGGUACACGAUUUCCUAUUUCAGUGCCACGGGGAUGGCGUCCGCUUUCCUCCUGGACUCCAUCACUGGAAGCUUCUACAAAGACGACACUUCUUGUUUGAGGCGUCUGACGCACUGUUUUCUGUUAAUGACUCUAAGUCUAGUUAGUUUAUAUUUAGCCCCGAAUAUUCAGUUGUUUUUAGUAGUGUUAAUUCCGUUUUCGCUGAGUUGCACGAUUUUGAGGAUUGUGAGUAUGGAGUUGAUGUUGAAGAAAGCAACGGGUGAUCAUAGGGGGUCUCUGUCAGGGACUUCGAACAGUAUUAUGUCGAUUGCGAGGUUUGUGACCCCGGUGACUUCGGGACUGGUUACUGACACGUUUGGGGGCCACGUGGCGAUGUUGUUUGCGGCAGUGCCCCCGUUGAUAGGGACUGUUGUUUCGUUUAAGAUGAAGUUUAAACACGGGCGCGAAAUAAAGAAGGAUUGAGGUGGGGUGGGGAGCCAAUGAGAGUUGAGUGUUGGAGACACGUGGUGCGGGACCGAAGUGUCAUUGGUGGUUAAAGUGCAAUUUAAAUUGUGAUAGGUAGAAAAUUCGUUGUUAUUUGUACAUAUAUUGUUACAGAUGUAUUUUGUCAAUAUAAUUAUAA